AUGUCGAAUAAGAGAAAAGUAGUUAUUGCAUUAGAUCCUUUUUCUGACGAGGCUUCGUAUACUAUAGACUGGAUAAUUGAUAAUUUCCUUAAACCUGAACGAGAUGAUAUACAUUUAUUUUCAGCUCUGGGUUUGAAUCUUGAAUUUGACACAACUGAAUUAGGAAUGAAUGUAAACUAUGCAGCAAAGUAUGUCGUGGAUCUGGAAAAAGAAGUAGCACAAAAGACCAAUGACGCAAUGAUACCAUUCGUUAACAAGUUAAAAGCGAGAUAUGAAAGUCAUAAUAAUGCUGAAGCAAAUAUCAAAUGUCAAGUAGAAAUAAUAAAAUCGAACUUAGAUCCUCGAAACAUUGUUGUAGAUUUUACUGAAAAAGAGAAAGCUGAUGUGCUUAUAAUGGGAAGUAGAGAUUUAUCAGCGUGGAAAAGAUUUUUCUUGGGAAGUUUUUCUGAUUUCUGUCAACAGAAUGCUCAUUGUCCAGUUAUAAUUGUGAAAG